AUGAGUAUCUCCCCAAUAAAGUACGAAUCGAAAAUCUUAAGCAACUUGGCCAGCAUGCUAAAGCUUAGCGAAAAAACAGACAAAGAAAUAUGGAACGAAAUAAGGGAAGAGAAGGAACAGCUCAAGUUCGAGAUUGACGAAGACAUAAAGAAGGUCAUUGAUGUUAACAAAAUUAACUGUACCUGUGAUGAAUCAAAAAAAAAAAUGGAAGAAUAUGAAGGGAAGAAGUUUGAAUAUUAUUACAAUGUGGAGACAUAUGGGGUCGAUUUCUUCCUAGACAUAUGCAAUGCUCUAGGUAGGGCUAACUACAAACCAUUUCUAUCAGAACAAGGGAAAAAAGAAGUUAUGAAUGGAUUAAGAAUUAGAAGAAAUUCCAAUUUGUAUAAGUAUGUCUCCUUUUUUUUAAGUAAAGAAAGACUAAAUAAGGAGAGACUAAAUGAUGGAAAAACACCGGAACAUAUCUUCCACUGUUUUAAGUGCCUAAAAAGUGUACUACAUAUAUAUGUGGAUGAUCAAAAUAAUCGGAAGAGGAAAAUGUAUCUACAGGAUAACAGAUACAUCACAGAACAAAUAGAAGAGAAAAUGGAAAACGACUCACUUAGUGAGAAUCAACAAAAUAGCAAUGCGAAUCCUCUCAACUUAAGGGACGGAAUAAUAGCCGUGAGCAGAUACAAAGAGGAGUUAGCGUCCAUAACUAGGAAGUCAAAUGAAAGAAUUAUGAAAACUAUUUUGGAUCAUUCGAAGGAUAUGAAGGGUGGGAAAAAUGGAAAAAUACACCUCUCCCAUAGUACCACCCAAAAUAUAGGUAAAGACACCUGCAUUAAUGGGGAUAACCACUCGAGUAGUCAUCGCCAAAAACUGAACGGAAGUAACUCCUUCGAGGACAACAAGCGUUACAAAACGUCAGGAUUUUUCGACGAACACGAAUUAAAGCGUUUUAGCGACUCCGCCAACAGCUUUUCCAAUGACGGAGAAGCAAAAAGUAAACACAAAAAUGCGAAUAGUAAAAAAAUGAGCAACUUGAAAAAUAACCCGGUGACAAACAAUUUCAUACAAAAGAAGGGAUCAUCGGGAAACUCAUUUCUGAGUAAGGACAGGGAAAGACAACGGAAAAACUCGCAAAGAAGCAGGAAAAAUAGACACAACACCAGCUCGAGUAAAAACUCGGGCUCAGUCAAGAAAAAGAACCCAGGUGAUAUUAUGAUCUCGGUCGAUGCAGACGUGAGCGGGGUGUCCGUACCGGGGGGUGAUCCCAAGGGAGGCAGUAAACCCGAUGGGGAUGAUGGCCAAAUGGGAAAGGCCCAAUGUGCAGAGUUUCACUGUGCAGAGGUUCAAUGUGCAGAGUUUCACUGUGCAGAGGUUCAAUGUGCAGAGUUUCACUGUGCAGAGGUUCAAUGUGCAGAGAUUCAAUGUGCAGAGAUUCAAUGUGCAGAGAUUCAAUGUGCAGAGGUUCAAUGUGCAGAGGUUCAAUGUGCAGAGGUUCAAUGUGCAGAGCCGAAAUGUCAGGAGACCUCAUCUGAAGAGCUCCACUGUGAAGAUGCCCAAACAUAUGCACCUGCACUGGAAGUGAUCGUCCAGGAGAAUGAAACCCCCGGUGAGUUGAUUCAAAGUGGAGCCGUGAAACACGCCCAAUGGGAGAAGAAGUUGAAUGGAGAGGGGGAACGGGGCAGCUUAACAGAUAAGCACGCCAUCUGCUCAGCCGAAACGAAGAUACCCACCGGGGAAAACGAAUCAAACUCGAAAGACAGCGCGUCGGACGAAGCUGACAAGGAGAGUCACCAAUAUGACGUGUAUCAAAAAACGUCCCUCGUGAAAAACCCAUCCAAUGAGGAGGAAGACUACAACUUCAACGAAAGCGACGACGCUUCCUACUCCACAGAUGAUUCGAAUUAUAAAAGGUACAUGGCGAAGAAGAAGACAAAACUGCAACAAGAAGGAAAAAUAGUCAUCGACCUGAAUAUACUAAACGGAAAUGCAAUCAACGCGUUGGAGGAAAAGGAAAAGGAAGAACAAAUUGAGGAAAAAUACAAAGAGAGAUGUCAAGAAAAACAGCAAGGAAGGAUAAGAAUGGAUACAAUAAGGAAAGCAUUAGAAGAGAAAAAAAUGAUUUUCUGCAAAAUAGAAGAGAUAGCAAAAAGGCGAAAUAAAAAACAUGUAAAAACGCAAGUAUUGUCGGAAGACUCCAAAAUUCAGAGAGCUUAUUUUAGUCAUAAAAUGAAAAAAUUCUAUAAUUCAAAGUCCGGAUAUUUUGGUUGUGGUUGGUCGAAUAACAGAACUCAGUGGACUCCAUUUAUCCAUGCCCCCUUUUUUGAUAAUCACCAUAAUACUAUAUAUAAAACUAGGAAUAGAAAAAUGUACGAAGAAAUAUACGACACUUUGUUACAUGGGAGGAUCCACCCCUCUGUUAGAAUUGUCGAAUUGAAGGAUCACAAGCAUCCUGUGCGGUUAUGCACUCCGUACUAUGAAGAUUGCUAUUCAGUCGUUUACACGGGGAAAAAAAUCCUCGCAUCGGAUGACCGAGUUAUUUUUGGCGAGUACACUGGUUAUGUUGCGAACAACAGGGAGCUAUCGCAGGAGAAGCACCAAUACACGUUCGCCCUAUCCUUCAACAAGAAAGUUUUUAACGAUAGAAAGAAUGUCGUUUUUAUUAAUGAGAUUGAGUCGGACGAGGAGGGUGAGCUGAAAGGGGGCAGCCUCCACGGGGGAGAAGCGAAUAGGAUAUUAACACAGCCUAAUAGCAGCAACCAUUGCGAAUAUGCCACGAAGUUGAGCAGCGAAGAAACCUGUUCGGAUGUUCAGAAAAUUUGUCAGAAAACAGCUCUCAGAAACGGUGGUACAAAUACAAAGGGCGGAGGAACUCCCACGGACAAUUUGGCUACACCACAAUGUGAAAAUUCGACACAGAGUUCCACCAAAGAGAAGAAAAAAUCUAAGGAACUGAAUAAUAAGAUAAUUCUGCCAGAUAAUUACACUUACGCUGUGGACUCGUCUUACAUGUUCAACGAAAUGUCACUAGUCAAUCAUUACAAAACAUGUGCCAUUUUUAGCAAUUACGAUUUUAGGAUAAAUGCGGAGUGGCAAUUGGUUUACCUUGAUGGGUGGCCACACAUCAUUCUCACAUCCAUCCCAGGAGUAGAAAUAGACACAGGAGAAGAAAUCUUCGCGGAUUUUGGCUCCGAAUGGUUCGAAAGGGUUAACGAAAUAUGUCUGAAUGAGUUUAUUAAAAGCAGCUAUGCAUACCGAUUGAGCAAGUUAAAUCUUUGUAAAGAGAAACAUUUCAGUGGAGUAGAUGACAUCGUGGAGCAGUACAACUUGAUAAAAAAUCACACCACGUGCAACAUAUGCAUGCACAGCAUCAACACAGAUAGUAGUAACGGGUUUAUUUCUUGUUCGGGUUGUAAUCAUAUCUAUCACUUACAAUGUGUGCAAAAAUUAAAUGCAGAAGUGAACGAGAAUUACGAUUGGUUCUGCUCAAGUUGUGUCAAAUUCUGCAUCAAUGUGCUGGAUCAGGAAGAGUUCUUGGCCUACCUAGAAAUGGAAAACCACAAACAAUUGAUCGACCUUUUUAGUGAUAUGUGUGUAGAAAAUUCAAACAAGUUAUGCAAGUUGUUAGCCCCACAAGGAAACAAUACCCCCUUAUAUCAGACCGACGGGAAGAACACAAACCGAGUGACUGGCAACUCUAACUGUACUAAUCAGUAUGAGAAGAUACGGAAAUUAUUACAGUGUAGGGAAAAUAUUAUCGACUUGGUGAGGAAUAAAGAGAUAAUUAACUCCUACUUAGAGACCACCGAAAAGGAAAUAAAUUCUCUAGAUAACACACAAGAGGAGGAGGAUUUGUCCCUUAAGAAAGACGAAAUGGAGUUUCUGCUGCAAAACAGCUUUGAACUCCACCUUCUUGUUGACUAUAAAAAAAAAAUCGAUGAUUUUCUGGUAAGCAGGGACAAGGUAGACACCUUCGUCAAUGACGAAAAGGCCAGGAACACCAUGAAGUUGAGGAAACAAACCAUAAACUACUUGUUAGAAAAUAGGAAAUGUAUAGAAAUGCUAAUCGACUCGGUGGAACAGAGCACUCUCAUUGUGUUUCCUCACAAGGAGCGAACCAUCUGUACAAAGGUAACCACUGGUCUCACAGUUGCACACAAGGAGGAGGUUCACCGUUCGGAAGAGGACACUACAUUGAACGGGCUCAAGGAGGAAUUGCCGCAGGAGCAUAACCUCGGAAUACAAAAAUGUGACCCAAAUUUUAGUACGGGGGAAAGCCUCGGUUCAGGCUCUACCGCACACACGAAUGGAACCUCUUGCAACUCGUACGAAACGAUUUUGUAUAAUAAGUCCAACUCUGUUGUGAAGAAUUUAAAAGAUAUAAAGAAAGCUCCCUCCUUUGGUGGUGUCAUAAGCGAUGCAGUUAAUUGUUCAACAUCCAGCAGCAACAACACGGGUGGCAACAAAAUCCUCUGCUUCAACAACAUGAUGAAGUUGAGCAAGAAGAUCUUAGGAUUUCCCUUGUUAACAGAUUUCGAAAAGGGAAUGAGUACCAACCAGCCGUGUCUUCCCCUGAGCGAUCACCUAAAAAAGCUCUCUGUGUGCACCGUUUGUUAUGACAAGCAUAAUGACUUGGCUAAGGCCAUUAUAUGUAGAGUUACCAAGAUGCACUUUGAGGCUAACUACAAUGAUGGGUUGAGCCAAGAAGACAUGUCUAAGGCCUCCAGCGAAUGCAUCCAGUCAGUCAUUCGCGAAUUGGCUAACACGAUAAAGGAGUACCGAAAGAGGGAACUGAGCGGGGCGUACGUACAGGAGGUGAUUCUCAGUGGCAGUAGCAGCUAUAGGAGCUACAGCAUCAGCAGUUAUAGCAGCCAUGGCGAGAUCAAUGCCGAUAGCGCGGUAGCCCCAUUAGCUGACGACCAUAACGACAUCGGCUCAGAAGAUCAUUCACCGAGUUCCGUCCGUAGUCGGAGAAAAAUAGUCCACCCAGUCAGUUCCAGCCUAACACUUCCACCCCAGAAACCAUUUUAUGACAUGAUGAGCGACCCUCCAUGUAGUGACAGGCGCCAAGGGGAUACAGAAACCCCCGUUGAGAAUAAAACACCUCCCCUGUUAUGGGACAACAAAAUGAGUUAUACGGACGAUUAUACCUGUAAGAGAGGGAAAAUGAAUUCGACGCUGGAUAAACACCCUCAUGAAGAAUACAAAAGUAGCAGUAAGAAGAAAUCGAAGCUUUGUACGAAGGCUUCUAACAACGUGAUCGGUGGAGAAAAUGCCGAUGCCUUAAAUGGGGGGACGGAUAAAUCGGAAAAUACAGACAAGGGGAAAGCACAGGAAGGGGGAAAAAACGGUCCUAGUUACACAUCUCAUAGAGGGACAGAUCAGCACCCGCGCAGUGAUCCAUGUAAGGAUCCAUAUAGACAUUACUCCAAUCAUCCAUACGUUGGCCCGCAUGCCCAGCAGAACGCGCAGCCCAGCAAAGUUGAGAACCAGAAGGGGGACAAAAAUCACAUCUAUUUUGCAGACGGAAAAUUGGGUGGCACAAAGGAGGCGACGAAUGAUCAAAAGGGGAACUACAGCACGUUAAAAAAUAUUUCCAAAGCGAGGAAUUUCAUUCCGCUCAUGGGAGUUGAACUUGGGAAAACAAAGAUUCAGAGGGAAUUUACAAAUGGAACUUAUGUAGGGACAAUUACGGAGCAAAUAAAGGACGAAGAUGGAAAUCCAUUUUUCGUUGUGACGUAUGAUGAUGGGGACGAGGAAUGGAUGACGCCCUGCUUCCUAUUCCAAGAAUUGCUAAAGCAGUCAACAAACAGUGUAGAAUAUCCAUUAGCGAGUACGUUUAAGCAGGUAUUAAACCCGGAAUUUAGGAAGGACUUAAAAUUAAACAAUUGUUCCCUCGAAUUAAAAAUUGGAAUACGAAAGAGGACUAUCAAUUGUGAAAGUGCUAGCAACAAUAACAGUGUCACCAAAAGACAGAAGCAUGCGCACGAGGGAAAUUCCUCAAGGAAGAAGAAGUAA